GCCCGUGCGGCAGCAGGAGGAUGUAGUUCACUUCCCUCUGCCGCUGGGCCAACAACACACUGCUCCGAGUCAGGUUUCUACCGGGUGGAGGAUUUCUUUACAACUCCACAAUGUUGGCCGACAUGAUUCUGGAGGAAGAGUUCGAGAAGAACGGAGAGCCGUGGUACGACCCGCAGGAGCUUCAACACGACCUCCAUUUGGCAGCGGAGCUGGGGAAAACCCUCCUCUCCAGGAACCACGACCUGGAGCAGGCCCUGCAGCAGAUGUACUCCACCAACCAAGAGCAGCUACAGGAAAUAGAGUACCUGACCAAGCAGGUGGACCUGCUGCGCCAGAUGAACGACCAGCACGCCAAAGUGUACGAGCAGCUGGACGUGGCUGCCAGGGACCUUGAGCAAGGCAACCAGAGGCUAGUGCAGGAUAACCGUGUGGCCCAACAGAAAAUCCACAGCCUGACCGAGAUAAUCGAAGGGCUUCAGACCUACAUGGACGACCUGCAGACCCAAGUUGACGAUCUCAAGACCGCGCAGGCAGAGCGAAACAAGAGAGAGCUGGCAGAGCGGCGCAGCCUGGGAGCCCAGAGUGUGUCAUGUCUCAAAGAGCUGUAUGACUUACACCAGAGCAGGUAUCCAGCCCACGACAGUCACCUCGUGGACGGACUCUGGCUGCCUCAGGACUCUCUCUGUGACCGAAACGGACACCAAGACCCAGAGGAGGAGAAUGAGUCCCUCCAGCGCUCCAUCCAGACCCUUCAGAGCCAGAUAUCCACGGAGCGGAGUCGCAGGGAGGCCGCCGAGCGCGAGAUCGAGCUGACCCUGAGUGAGAACAGAAGCCUGGAGCAGCGGCUGGCCCUGCUGACGGGCUGCCGGGCCAGGCAGACGGAGCUGGAGGCUGAAGUAGAGCAGCUCCAAGUUCUGUGGCGAGCCGACUGCGCCAAAGGUUUCAGAAGACCUGAGCAGCUGCUGCUGCCUGACACGGUGUUCUUUGGCUCAGAAGAGCAGCCCGGCUCAGAGCAGGCUGACACGGAGGAGGAGGUAGAAACAAAUGUGGAACAGAAGGCACACGGCCGGCAGAGGUGCAACAGCGACAGCGUCGUGAGAGCGACAAACUCUGACGAAAUCCGCCGCCGUCACGAGCAGCUGUGCAUCAGGCGAGCGGAGGCUGUGAAGCAGCGAGGCAUCUCCCUGCUCAAUGAGGUGGACGCACAGUACAGCGCACUGCAGGUAAAAUAUGACGAGUUGCUGCAGCGAUGCCAGCAGGCAUCAGACGGUCUGAGCCACAAAGCCGUCCAAACGUCCAGCGCCACUUCCGCGGGCACAAAGACCCGCCGCGGCCGGUCCAGCCUGGCGUCUCUGUCCGACCCGGCGACACUGCCGGAGGACGGCCAGCAGCCGGAGUACAAGGCUCUGUUCAGGGAGAUCUUCACCUGCAUCCAGAAGACCAAAGAGGACAUCAGCGAGAGCAGACGUCCGGACGCGGCCGGCGGUUCUCAGGGCUCUGCUGAAUGACUCGUCCUCCGUUGUCCUUGGUACUCGCACUCAUCUGUAGCUGUGAAGAGUUUCGACAAAGGAGCGGCUGUGUAAAAGAGUGCGGUCCGAUCCUGCCAUAGCUUUUGUUAAUCUGCACUGUUCCUUAAAUUCCAUCCCCUUAAAAAAAAAAAAGAAAAGAAAGUUAGAAAACUACAUAUGUAAAGCAGCUAUAUGAUAUUCAAUAA